GCAGCGUACGCUGCGGAGCCAUUAUGAGCUCAACGGCGCACCAAUCAGCCCGGGACCGUGGACCGGCCCUCGGUGCUCCAUGUUCCGGGGGCAUGGAGAGGGGCUCCCGUUUGGCCUUCCGGAGCGUCCCGCGCAGCCUGGGCAGGGCGCUGCUGCUGCUCGCCAUCGUGCUGCUCGACCGCAAUGACCCCUGCCACGGCCUCAGGCAGCGCGCCAAGCACCGCGGACACCGAUGGGUCGCCGGGCCGUGGUCAACGUGCGUGACUGAGGACAACUGCAGCCAGGGCUGGAGAAUGCGGACCGUUCGCUGCGUGGAUAUGGGCGGCGAACAGAGAACCGACAGGCACUGCCGGCAUCGAACCAAGCCACCGUCGUUCGAUUCAUGCUACAGCGGCUGCGAUCAGCGGCAACACCUACUUCGGUGGCAGGUGGGCGAGUGGAGCCCGUGCGAGCACGUCAACGCCCGCCCCCACCUUCGAAGCCAGUGCCGACCGGACGUCCCGGAGACCGGCCUGGCGCGCCGCAACGUGAGCUGCGUCUUCCAGCCGGCCGUCGGACCGUCGCGAGCGGUGGACUCCGCCGCCUGCCUCCACCUGCCGCAGCCCAGCAGCGAACUGCGCUGCGCCAUUCCCUGCCCUCAGGAUUGUGUGGUGAGCCCGUUCGAGGCCUGGCCGCCGUGCCACGCUAUCUGCCAAAACCACACAGUGAGCCGACGGAGGACGGUGUUAGUGGGCCCCUUGAACGGGGGAAACGACUGCCCGGCGCUGUCCGAGACCAUGAGCUGCCCUCCGCGGCAAGGCUGCCGGAGCUGGCACAAACGCAAGUCUAGGAGGAAAGCGCCGGGGGACAAAGUGUUUGUGCUCAGUGUCGGGCCAUGGAGUGAGUGCCAAAGUGACGAGGCGCCGCAGGAGAGUGACUCCGAGACGCCCACUGCCUUCAGACAGCCGGUCGUCGGGGUCAGGCGGCGCAAAGUGACCUGUCUGGACCAUACGGGUGUCGCAGUGGAUGUGCUAAAGUGUAGACGGGACGAAAACAUGCGUGCCCUGCCCACGGACGAAGAGGGCUGUGUGGUGCCGGUGAACUGCCAGGUGUCGCCGUGGUCCCAGUGGCACGUGGAACGCGAGGGCUGCCUCCUCGACUCAGGAGACCUGUCUCCGUCGGGUCCCAGGCGACAGCGGCGCUUCCGCACCAUUCAGCAGCUGCCUUUGGGCGGUGCAAGUCCCUGCCCGCCGCUCGUCGAAACCGCCUUACAAUCGCAGCACCUCCCUCUCUGCUCCAGCUUUGACUGGAUUGCAUCAGAGUGGAGCGCCUGCGUUCCUGAAGGAAGUAAUUUAUGCAAUGGAGGAGUUCGACAACGUAACGUUACCUGCAUCAGGACCAAUGACAGUCGGCCCGUCGCGGGUCACCUGUGUGAGAUGCAGCCUCGCCCUCCGCUCCUCGAGGAGUGCACAGUGCCUUGCCCCGUGGACUGCCUGGUGUCCGAGUGGUCGCCCUGGGGCCAGUGUUUGCCCCUUAUCCGUGGCGCGCCUUUCCCCGCACCCGAAGAAGGGUACCGGGUUCGAAGCCGCACAGUGGAAGUGCAUCCUUCCUCCGGCGGCCAGGAGUGUCCGCACCUGAAGGAGACGGAGAGCUGCGACCGCGCCGUGCUGUCUCACUGGGAGCCCGAGCCCUGGAACGUCUGCCAGCCGCUCUCGGGAGCCAGCUGCGGCGUCGGAGUGCAGUCGAGGAGCGCCCGUUGCCUCUUCUUCGACGGGACAAAAGUGGACGACGCUCACUGCAUCAUCUAUGAAUCGCCGCUGUUGAAAGAGCGGGAAUGUUUUGUGCCGUGUCCCGACGACUGCGUACUCUCGGAGUGGUCUCCCUGGUCUCCAUGCACGCUGCUCUGCGCGGAGAAGAUGGCGUACGGAGUUCAGUCACGAAAUCGCAGCAUCAUAGGCUACCCCGCGAAAGGAGGAAAAUCCUGCCCCCAGAAAUCCGAGCUGAAGGAAGUGGAUGACUGUAACUUAGUGAGUUGUUUCGGCUUUCGGUGGAACACCGGACCCUGGAAGCGUUGCGUUCUGCAAAAUACGAGCAGCACAUGUGGCAAAGGAAAGCAGAGCAGAACCGUCAGCUGCUUCUACAAAGGAAACGUGUCGGAUAAAAAGUGCGCCCCUCUGAAGAAACCCCCGGCUUCCCAGCCGUGCCAUGUGCCUUGUCCAGUGGACUGCAAACUUACAAAUUUUUCAGAUUGGACGUUAUGCCGAGACUGCGGUGAUGGAGAUCCGGUGCUUAUUCGAGAACGGUUCGUGGUUCAAAGCGCUUCCUCGGGCGGCAAGCCCUGUCCCUGGCAAAGCCUCCGCCAAGUGAGGAUGUGCAGGCCGGAGAGCGAGCCCUGGUGCCUGGCACUUCGGCGCUCCCCCGAGGACACCUACAGCUGGAACACUUCUGCCUGGUCACAGUGCAUCCUUCUCCCGGAACAACACUGUGGUGUUGGUUACCAAGUCAGAAACAUCACUUGCACCGACUCCAACCGAAUGCCGGUGGAGGCGGGCCUCUGCGUGAACAUGUCUGGGUUCGCUUCGGGCUCGCCGUUCUUCCCGGUAUUCACGGUGCCCGUGGUUCAUCGAAGGUGCUUCGUGAGCUGCAGCACCCUCUGCGCAGAGUCCGAGUGGUCCGAAUGGUCGCCGUGUCCGGACGACUGCCGGAACAUUGUCAGUUACCGGCGGCGAGACCUGAUCGGUUCACAUUCCUCAAGGUGCGACAUAUUCCUUCGUGAAGAUCAACGCGAAGAACGAUCAUGCCCAGUCAAGCAGCGACUGGAAGUCAAGAACGCUCAGUGGAGCGAGUGUAUAUUCCUGGAUACCAACGCAACCUUUUGUGGAAAAGGCUUGAAGUAUAAAAUGGCGUCGGUUACUUCAGCUGCCUGUAGCGUGACAGGCAUCCAAAGUGCCUCGUGCGAACAACCGUGCCCCAAGGAUUGCGUCAUGAACGACUGGUCCCCGUGGUCUCCGUGUGACGCGGUCUGCGGGAUGGGCCAACGAACCAGGAGUCGAAGCGUCCGCCAGUGGCCUCAGAACGGCGGCCGGCCUUGUCCUGUCAGUGAUCACCGGCUAGAGGAAACGCAAAUAGACGCGUGCAUGGUGGACUGCGGACGGAACAUGUGGUUGCCCUCUGGCUGGACGAGGUGUCGUCAUCCGACCUCCAACAAACGCCUUCCGUGCGGAGAAUCCGGUGUUCGCAGCAGGAGCGUUCUGUGUAUGUCUGUACUGAACGGCGAGCCCCAUCAAGAAUUGGACCAGGAAAACUGCGACCCUCUGAGCAAGCCGAGCGAGUCUGAAGAGUGCACAGUUCAUUGUGCGGGGCAGUGCGUCGUCUCCGAGUGGUCUGACUGGUCCAAGUGUCUGGACUCAAAGGCGGAGAAUUCCACUCACCUCAGAAAUCGCACAAGACGGAUAUUGCGCCAGCCCAGACUGGGAGAUCAGUGUCCUUAUCACCUCACAGAGACAGACGCCUGCCUAGAGUACAAUUGGGUGGUCGAGGGUUUUGGCUCGUGCAUUCCCAAGUACGGCGCAUCGUGCGGAGAGGGCCAGUCUAAGACGCUGCUCUACUGCAUCCGGAAAGCGGAUAAUCUUCGUGUGGACUACAAGUACUGCGAUAAGAACUCGAAACCUAGUAAAGAAACGCUCGUGAAAACAUGCACAGUUCCUUGCCCAAUUGAUUGUCGCUUGUCGGAGUGGUCAGACUGGGAGACAUCUGAGUGCGACACUUGCGGAACGUUCGGCGACCAAGUUCGUCAAAGACAAAUUAUUCAGAACUCGAGCGAUGCCGGGAGGCCUUGUCCCUCCAGCCUUGUCCAACGGAAGCCCUGUCCCUUCAAACCGUGCUACUACUGGACGAUUGGAGGAUGGUCCCAGUGUGACCUGCACGGCGCAGACUGUGGAUUUGGUACGAGGAAGAGGGUCGUGACCUGUCAAAGAUCUGAUGGCACCGUUGUGGACGACCAGUUUUGCCAUCUUGUGAACUUCACAUCGUCUGUCACUGCGAUCCUCGGACUUGACUGGCUGACCAUUGGGAAUGAUGUCCACACUGUUGAAGACUGUUACGUCAAGUGCCCCCAUGGCUGUUCAUUAUUUCCGUGGUCUGAGUGGUCUGCAUGCAACCGAAACUGCGACUCCGGUGAAAUCCUUGGACUACAAACUCGAUCGCGGGGUCUCAUAGCGGAUGGAAAGCCUGGGAACCGUCGAUUCUGUCCAACUGAAAUGCUGCAAAGCCGACCAUGCUGGAACGGCGUGUGCCUGACUUUUGCGUGGAAGGUGGUCAGCGGAGUUCUCAAGUGCUUCAGGUCGGAUGGAGUCGUCGUCGAAGGCGGCUGCCGCGGCCGGCCCCGCCCCUGCGUUCCGGGCUGCCCCGUCGGGGCCCGCUGCGAUCGCGGGUCCGGCCAGUGCUCGUGCGUGCCCGGCACCGUGCCCGUGUUUGCGCCCAGCGCGCCGUCGGAUACGAGCAGUGGCGGCGCGACGUCGACGACGCUGCUCUCGCGCUGCGAGCCCCUCCGCGGUGCUGGCAUGGACUCGGCGCACGCGGACAACCACACCGCCGCCGGCGCCGGGGAUAUCCUGCUCAAGUACUACCCCGAUGACAAUGAAGCAAGCUUUUGGAUGUAUGCCAUGAUCUCGGUCGGAUCAGCCUUCGUCAUCUUCGUUGCUGUCACAGUCUACCUCAUGUGUCAGUCGUCGGUUCGUCAGAGGCUCAAGUCGACGUACUCGUUCAGCUCACGGCACAGGUCCAACUCUUCGGCAACGAGUGCCGCUUCUAACCUGGUUCGCAGUAACGUGUGCUGUGCCUACGAACCGGCUCCCACGUCAUCGUCUACGGCCGCGUCUACAACGCACCUCUACUAAGGACACGCUGCUUCGCCCUGAAAGGACUCCUCAACCGCUGGGAACUGCGAUUACCACCCGGAGGUGCCAAAGUGCGCGGUCCCGUAAUGUCCCCGCUCGCGAAGGACGCUGAGAUAUACCGUCCGUUUCCUGUGAUGAGGGAACGGUACGCGGCAGCACUGGACAUUCGACUUCCCGCGUUUGCAUCCGUGCGGUAAUACCUCACCCCGCUGGUUGUUCCCGUUCCUUUGCCAUGGAAACCGUUGCGCAUCAUUACAUCAUUCGUACGACCAAAGCGGUAUGUGAGUGAGAAAGCAUCCUGGUGGCCCUGCCACGAGGCGAGAUGUGUCAGUUGUUUUCAAAUGAUCCCCCGGAGGAGCACCUGAUAACUUCAAUUCAUAGUUCUCCAGACUAAGGUCAAAGUGUAGAUAUGGUCAAACGUGCAUAGGGAGUUUCAGGUUUUCACGAAUUUUUUCUCGGUGACAGACAAGCAAUUAGGAUGGUUCUCAGUUAAUACGCUAGAAGGCUUUUUGUUUUAUGCUUUCCGCAAGAUGCGGCUAGAGUAAGUUUGUUUCGAGAGCAGCGGUUCGUUCUAUCCUCGCGCGAUAAAAGUUGAGGGCCCAUAUGAUGUGCGAGGUUUCUCCCGGUGAACACUGUACACUAAGAUUCAUCCUUCAUUCCACAUCCCCACCGUGUCGUCUCAUACGCAUCUUCAUGUGUCAUUCUGCAUUCCAGGGGUGGUGGGUUUGACGGUCCUAUUUUUGUCCCCAUUAACAUUGCCGAGCGCGGUCUGUCUUUCCCCUUAUUGUGAUAAAACUUAUUUCGAAUAAAACAGAGUCAUUCUCACGGCGGUCCCACCUUGAUACACCAAUUUAUGCGCAGCAUUUGACAAAAUGGUGCCGAAUGUAUUUCUACGAGGAAGAAGGACAUGGGCUGUGUCGGGAUUCCCUCACUAUAAUUAUUGAC